ACAUUAUAAUCCACAGUGGAAGCUGUAUGUUCAAACUUCAUGCUGCUUCUCGCCAACCCCUUCAAAAUCGUUCCACUUUCUCCACCCACAAAUAUUGGUUGGUCGUCUUAGCACAUUUGAAUCUGAAAACAACUUCAGAUCACGCUGCACUGCAGUCAAGCUCACUGAGGGUCUAUCUGAAGCCUGACGUGCCAAUCCAGCAGUUACAUCUUGGACUCUUGUCAGGAUGCGAAUCAGCAGAGACAAGAUGCUUUUUGUCUUCUUUGUGUUGUCUUUUCGGCUUUUCAUGGACACUGGGUUGUGUACUGCAGUGCCAACAGAGCUGAGAAUCACAACAAUAAAGCAAGAGCCAUAUACAAUUUCCAAGGGAUCACAACUGGAAGGAUUUUGUAUGGACCUGCUGUCUGAAGUUGCCAAGAAAGUGGGCUUCAAGUACAGAGUGCAGCUGGUGAAAGACGGUUCAUAUGGCAGGCAGGAUGACAACGGGAACUGGAAUGGGAUGAUUGGAGAGGUGGUGAGAGGGGAGGCAGAUCUUGCGAUCGCUCCACUGACUCUCACUGCAGCUCGAGAGAAAGCUGUGGGGAUGACCAAACCAUUCAUGCAAACGGGAAUCAGCAUCCUGCUGAGGAAGGACGUCUCAGAGGAAUCAGGCCUCUUUGACUUCAUGACUCCCUUUACGGCCGAGACCUGGAUUGGCAUCCUCAUUGCCUAUCUGGGGACCGCUGCAAGCAUCUUUAUAGUCGCCAGACUGAGCCCAUGUGAGUGGAGUCAGCCUCAGAGUGAAGAGAACAGAUUCAGCCUCCUCCACAGCCUGUGGUACACAGCCGGAGCUCUGACUCUUCAAGGUGCUGGUCCUCACCCCAGAGCUCUGUCAGGGCGAGUCAUUUGCUGCAGCUGGUGGUUAUUUACUGUUGUCCUGCUCGCUUGUUAUUUCUCCAACCUCAGCUCCUCCAGGAGCCAGGAAUCCUCUCAGCUGAUGGUGAAAGGGUUUGAGGACUUGGCCAAUCAAGACACAAUAGAGUAUGGCUGCCUGGCUGGCUCGUCCACCCUUGCCUUCUUCAAGAAUUCAAACAACCCAGUGUAUCGCAGAAUCUUCGAACACAUGGAGAGAACCAAGAGUUUGGUUUCAUCUAUGGAUGAAGGGGUCCGGCGCGCCAGAGAGGGCCACUUUGCCUUUAUUGGAGAAUCUGUGUCUCUGGACUUGGCAGUAGCGCGGCAUUGUGAACUGGUCAGAGCUCAUGAAGUCAUUGGCAAUAGGGGAUACAGCAUUGCUACCGCCUUUGGUUCUCCCUUCAUAAAGAACCUCAGUGUGGCAAUCCUUCAACUGAGUGAGGCUGGAGAGUUGGCUUACCUGCAAAGCAAGUGGUGGGCCAGCAGCUGCAUGGCGGACAAAGCCAGGUCUUCAGCCGGGCACCUGCACAGCUUCAAGGGGAUGUUUCUGGUUCUGUCCCUGGGCUUGGGGCUGGGCGCACUGCUGGCUGUGCUGGAGCUCACCUCCAAGAGUCGCAGAAGUGCAGGGGAGCAGAGGAAAUCCUGCUGCACUGUGCUGACUGAGGAACUGAGUCUGCGCCUGAGAAACAUCAAUGCAAACACACCCCAGGAAAAUGUGGACAAAGAUAAAGAAAAAGCAUAGAAAUGAUGUAGAAACAAGUUUAGUUUCACCAAGUCUGAAAACUCGAGAUUCUUCUAACGUUUAGUUUUUUUGUUUGAUUAAUUUUUCAGAAUCAGUUCUAAUUGUAAUAGAAUCAUUAACUGGGUUGGUUUUAAACUUUGUAACAGAAACUCUUCCUUAAAAUAAUCAGUUUAUUGAUAUUCAAGUACAAAUGCUACAGUUUCAAUGAAAAAGCAAACAUUAUAGUUUAACUACUAUGAAAAUAAUUGUUGAAAUGAUCCAUGUUUUCCCUUUUUUUUUUUUACUAACAAACAGUAAUCAUGUACUUUCUAAGUUUGCUGUUACCUUUUUACGACUCACAGUUGGCAAUGGCAUUCCAUGAUUUCAACAAUUUGUUCAUUUUAAAUGAUUUCACGCAUAAAAUAACUGGAAACAUCCCAGCAGCAUGAAUACAACAGUGUGGAUUGUAAACAUUACAGCAGGCCUAAAAUAAUAAACUGUCGUUCCAUGUAUCUAGAAAGAAAAUCAGAA